AUGUUAGGGUUGUUCCGCUCCAAGACGUGGACUUUCUUUCUUCCCCAACGAAUGGCGAACACAAACACUGCGAUCGCUAUUGCGAUGAGAAAACAGCCAAAACNAGAUGACGAUAACAUGAUUGACGGCAUCUUUGUGGUGGUGUUCGUGCACUCGGCGCCGACCAACUUCGACAAGCGGGCGGCCAUUCGCCAGACGUGGGGCAAUGAGGCCAAUGUGCGCGACCAUCGCAUGCGUGUCGUCUUCCUCGUGGGCUCCGUCAACGACACGUCCGUCCAGAAGCGUCUAAUCAAAGAGAGCGAACAAUACUCUGAUUUGGUUCAGGGCAACUUCAUCGAUAGCUAUAGGAACCUCACGUACAAACACAUAAUGGGCCUCAAGUGGGUCGUCUACUUCUGCCAAAACGCCAAAUAUGUGUUUAAAACCGAUGACGACAUCUUCGUCGACAUCUUUCAGCUGAUCUUCUACUUGAAGGGCAACUUCGGUAACACUUAUCCGCCAAAGAAUCUCAUCAAUUGUUAUGUCAUUACCAAUCCUUAUCCCAAACGCAGUCAGAGAAGCAAAUGGAGGGUUACUUUUAAGGAAUAUCCCGCUAAAUACUACCCGCCAUACUGUUCCGGUUGGGGUAUUCUAAUGUCACCGGACGUCGUGUAUAAGUUGUAUACAUCUUCGCGACAGUUCCCGUUCUUUUGGGUCGAUGACGUCCACAUAUCGGGUGUAUUAGCCCGACAUAUAGGCGUCACUCACAUAGACUUCGCGCCAAAACUGGCGGUCGGCGACCAAGAGAUCGAGGAAUGGUUGUCCAACGAUCAUCUCUCUAUACCGCCACUGUUUGGACACCCGGACAGUGAUCUGAAAACAAUUUACUCGCUGUGGAACAAAACCGUCAAAUAUUAUCGGUUUAAAUACAAAUAUAUUCUCUAAUUUUAAAGUUAUAUCUCAUGAGUUGUUUAAACCAAAAGUCAUUUUUGUUUAAAUUUUUCAACUUAAAACGAGAAACACUGAGCACUGCAUUCCGUUUUGGACACAAUCCAUGAUCUAUAUAAACAAUUGCUUCCAACAAAUAAUACUAAAGUUUUUUAAUUGAGCGACAAUUUU